CCCCCAUUUCUUUCCUCUUCCGCCUUCCUGUCAUCUUCAUCACUACAAUAUUGCAUAAUCCCCCAUUGUUAACAUUUUUUCCUUUAUACGCUAAGGGAACUUCUGUGGCCCAGUUCCCUAGCGGUACUUCUCGUAACUUCCCCGACAUUCGCGGGUAAACCCUUCAAGAACACGGAAUACAGUGUGUCUCCGUCGGUCCCCCGGCCGCCGGGUACCGGAGAAGUCUUGAAGCUGUUCUAUCACUCUAUCAGUCAGUGCCUAGGGAUUGGUAGUGGUUUUCAUUGGGUAAUAUUGGGAUUGAAUUUCGAAAAUGUGGAGGCCGGUAGUUGAGAUCUGGAGCGAUUCAGUAGAAUGAAGGGACAGGCUGCUGAGAACAUAGCCGCCACUGCCGCUUCUAGGGGUUCUCGUCCUCAUUUUCAUAGCAAUUUCCCGUUCCAACUUCUAGAUGACUACCACUAAACGUGCUUAUAAGCUACAGGAGUUUGUUGCACAUUCUUUGAGUGUCAACUGCCUCAAGAUUGGGCGGAAGUCGUCGAGGGUUCUUGUAACUGGUGGAGAAGAUCACAAGGUUAAUCUUUGGUCCAUUGGGAAGCCCAAUGCUAUUCUGAGUCUGUCAGGCCAUUCAAGCGGGAUUGAUUCAGUUAACUUUGAUUCAUCUGAAAUUUUGGUAGCUGCUGGAGCAGCAAGUGGCACUAUCAAGCUUUGGGAUUUAGAGGAGGCCAAGAUUGUCCGAACUCUCACUGGACAUCGCUCCAAUUGUAUAUCUUUGGACUUCCAUCCCUUUGGAGAAUUCUUUGCAUCUGGUUCUCUAGACACAAAUCUCAAGAUAUGGGAUAUCAGAAGAAAAGGUUGUAUCCACACAUACAAGGGUCACACUAGAGGCAUUAAUGCCAUCAGGUUCACACCAGAUGGCAGGUGGGUUGUAUCGGGUGGAGAAGACAAUACUGUGAAGCUGUGGGAUUUGACUGCAGGAAAGCUGAUGCAUGAAUUUAAAUGUCAUGAAGGCCAGAUUCAGUGCAUCGAUUUUCAUCCUCAUGAGUUUUUGCUGGCAACAGGUUCAGCUGACAGAACAGUUAAAUUCUGGGAUCUGGAGACCUUUGAACUUAUAGGUUCUGCUGGACCUGAGACUUCUGGAGUGCGCUCUAUGACGUUUAACCCUGAUGGUAAAACCCUGCUAUGUGGUUUGCAUGAGAACAUGAAGGUUUUCUCAUGGGAACCGAUUAGAUGUCAUGACACUGUAGAUGUAGGUUGGUCUAAAUUGUCAGAUCUGAAUGUCCAUGAAGGGAAGCUUCUUGGCUGCUCGUACAAUCAAAGUUGUGUUGGUGUAUGGGUUGUGGAUAUAUCGCGUAUUGAACCAUAUACAGCCAGAACUAAUACUCGAUUAAAUGGUCACUCGGAUGGGAAGUCUAAUUCAAGUGAUACCUUAUCGGGGCUGGCUGAGGAUUCUGGUAAAUCUAGCUUAAGCAGGCUUUCAAUUUCACAAAAUUCUGAUCCUGCCAAAGAAACCAAAUCCUUUGGAAGAUUGUCAGAUUAUCAAAACCAAGACAUUCAAAGAGAGUCCAAAUCUCAGACAACCAUUGUAAAUGCUACUAGUACCCCACAGAGGAUGAACCUGAAUGUUGGUCAGAGAGCAACUUCACUAAACUCAGUUGCAGCUCCUAACGUGACGGCUCUGAAGAGGAAUUCAACCAAACUUCAACUGACAACCAAUUCUUCAGCUCUCAAUAGGUCAGAUGUGGUGCCUGUUAUUGUUCCAAGAAAUAGUAUACGGUUAGAGCACCCAGCUGAAUCCAGGAAAGGAGUUUCAGGCCUUGUCCCACUGCAAUCCCUGCAGUUGAAAACAUCUGAUUUACACAAGUUUUCAAAUCCAGCUGAAGAACCAAGAAGACAAACAUGUUCUGUAGAAUCUAAUUUUGAUGUCCCAAAACCUGCUGAAUUGGGGGGAGUGUCUGAUAGGAACAUAUAUGCUACACUAAAACAUUCAGCAAUUGGGAAUGCUGCAUCUGAAAGGAAUAUGAAGGAUGACAAGCAUUUGGCUUCUCUAAAGUUUGAACAAUGUACUGCUGUUGAACCUCUUGCCAGAAACCAGCCGGAAAGCUAUGACACCCAAGGCAUUGUUUCUAAUAAAGAUGCAUAUUCCUCAGAAAAUCAAAGGAGAGGGAGAACACGACCACUUGUAGAGAAUUGGGACAAGAGAGAAAGAGCUUCUCAUUAUGAAGGCUUUUCAGGCAGUGGUCUUACUGGGAACCUACCUGCUCAGAGUGCAUUCCAAGCUAAUAAAAAGGGGCACAAUUUAUUAACUGAAAAGGAGAUGACUUCUAUUAGUGACGAGGAUUUCAUUUCCAACCUCAUGGAACAACAUGAUCAAUUUCUUCACUCAAUGCAGACUCGGUUAGCCAAAUUCCAAGUUGUCCGAAGAUAUUGGCAACGGAAUGAUAUUAAAGGGGCACUUGGUGCGAUGGAGAAGAUGGCUGAUCACGCUGUGAUUGCUGAUGUGGUGAGCUUCUUGACAAAACAACCUGACAUUAUUACAUUAGAUAUCUGCACUUCUCUUCUUCCGCUCCUUUCAGGGCUUCUUGGGGACAACAUGGACAGGCAUCAAGAUAUUUCACUGGAAAUGCUGCUGAAGCUGGUUAAAGUGUUUGGAUCGAUGAUAUAUUCGUCAAUGUCAGCUCCAGCUUCGGUUGGGGUGGAUAUUGAGGCAGAGCAGAGGCUGGAGCGCUACAAUCUCUGCUACGUUGAGCUUGAGAACAUCAAAUCUUGUCUUCCCACUCUUACCAGAAAAGGAGGAUCUAUUGCCAAAUCUGCACAGGAGCUCAGUCUACUACUAAAAGAAUUUUCAUAACCAAAAAAACAGUGUUAGUUAUUAUUUUGAUCAGUGAAUACUGUUGCCGAGCCACCUGUGGGGGAAUAUGUUUUUUAAGUUAUACGGAGGCAGCGGUUCUGUUUGUACAUUCGUGCAAAGGCGAAACAUUUAACGGCUAAUUCUUUCGGCGUUUUUAACUGAAAUCUGGUGACUCGGGGGGACCCACCCCACCCCACCCACCCACCCACUAUAAACUGCAGCAGAUAUGUUGGAAAUGGUGUUUCUGCAAUGAAGCAGGAAGUGGUGAAGAAGAGAAUUAUCCAUUCAUCACACGUUCCUAUCAUCAAUUUAACCCAGUGUUCACUUGUCACCUGUGUAACUGGUAGGGUUUAGGCAUUUGGAGUGAAAUUUAUCUAUGUAAAAAAAGGAUUGAUUGGUUGUAUUUAGAGGUUUGAUGAUAUGUUGAUGUGUUAAUUUCUGAACUGCGUUUAAUGGGCUUCAAGUAAAAGUAUAUAAAACCAUUCACUUCAAUAAUCUAUAAAAACUACCUUGAUAU